AUGACCCACCGUAGACGCCGCCGUCAUCGAGAACUUCUGUCUCCGAACGGGUUGACAAGUGCCUUGCAUCAUCUGGAGAGACGUCGCAGGAACCGCUACUAUGAAUUGCUGUCAAAGUUUGCGUACGCGGUGAAGCGAAACCACACCAAGAACGCCACCUAUUUGGCUCCAAUUCCCCCAACUGCGGCGGCAUAUUUGGAGAGGAACAAAGUCGUGUCACAUACAUCCCUCACUGCAGCUUGGCUGACGUAUACUGAGCUGUACAGUUCCACGUGUAAAUUGGUGAUGAAGCAAACCACUGUGAAAAAAGGAGUUCGUAUGGAUCAUUUGGUCAAAUUUUGCAAGGGAUUGAAAGUGUGGGAAGGUCACGGAAAACGAGAUAACCUCGCUGACGUGAAAAUGUUGCUGCUGGUGCAGAAUGAAAUAGGGCAGAUUGUUGGACGCCGACUCACAAGUUCUGAGAACAAGGAGGAAACGAUGCAGCUUCUAUCGGACGUGCAACCUCAGCUAGAAACGAAUGGUGAAUGUAAAUAUCUGAUCACGGAUAAUGCGCGUGCUGUCCGUGACUUUGUGGCGAGUGUGUAUGGAGAUUCUGUCAUUGUACAGCAGGAUCCAUUUCACGUGCACCAGCGCUUUGGAAAGCACAUCAAAGCGAAGCCUCUUCGGAAGUUCAUCUGCAAGGAGAUUAAAGCCGCUCUCUACGAUGUUGACCGCGAGCCCAGGCCGCCCAAAGAAAUGGAGGCAAAGUUGCGCGAAGUGCUGCGCAAGAUUACUGCCAAUGACUUGGGCUGCACGCUAGCAAAGUGGAACAAUACCAUUGAGUACAAUGUCGCUCAAAUCAAGGCCGGUCAUUUGCAUGUUGCUGAGAAUACAUAUCAGGAGGGUAGCGGGCCUGCUGUGCGUGUUGUGUCGCCCAGCCAGCUCGAGGGGUUCCAUUCCGCAUUGAAAAAAUUGCUGGCGCGGGAGGUGCGAGCCGAGCUUGGCCUGCGCAUUCUGGACGUGUUCAUCGUGCAGCAUAACAUCGAUGUCGGGGCCCGGUUUGGCAGAAAUCCGGCGAUCAGCAACGUAGAUAUGAUAUCUGCCUGUCGAGCCGCCACUGUAUGCACGUUAUACGGAGUGGAUUAG